CCCUUUGCAGUGGGCACAAUCGGAACCGUCCAAAGCCUCAUACUUGGUCGUUCAUUAACUGACCUCUGAUGAUUUGAGAAUUAAUUUUAUUCGCCUGUAAAAAAUUGACGGCAGAAAAAGCGGAAGCGAGAGGCGGCCCUGAAGCUCGAUGCCCAGACCUCAACAACAGUACCAUCUUUUCAAAAAAAUUAUGCCCCCUUUGGGCUUUUCUAUCUUCCGAUUCUCAGCGUGUUUGGACACGAUUUUCACCUGGAUUAUCUCAACACCUCAAAUUAAAAGGGUUUGUUUAUCAGAUAAAGACAAUCUUUUCACGAGUCAUCAAUAGGGGAUAGGGAUUUGGGUUCUGGAGCAGUGCAAAGAACCGUAUUUAAUAGUUUUGUAUAGCUUUUGGGAAUUACGCUGUAUGCCCAAAGCUACUUAGUUCAAGACAAAAGAGGUAACCCACUUACAGUAAGGUUUGGGCAGGGGCAUACAGACCUUUAAUUUCAUCAGUGAGCGUGCAGCAAGGUUCCCACUGGACUGAUUGUACUCUCGGAUAAGACUAUGGCUGAGAGAGGAGCAAUUGUUGUUCGGCCCAUUUGGAUGAAACAGGCAGAGGAAGCCAGGGUGAAGGAUGAAGAACAAAAAGCUGCAGCAGCCCGGGCUGCCUUUGAUGCUACAUUCAAGGACGUUCUUAAAUCUGGCAACAAAGAAAAUGAUUUGACUGAUAGUGAACCUGACGAGUCUGAUAGGAUGGCCAGCAAACCAGUUGGACCUAUUGAUCCUUCAAAAUGUGUAGCUGCUGGAACUGGGAUUGGCGGUGGAGCUGCGUGUACUGCUGCAUCAUUUGUUGUUGUUACUAAGGAUUCCGAUGGAAGGAAAAUGCCCUAUGGUGGUGCCCAAAUUCGUGUUAAAAUUAAACCUGGCCUCGGAGUUGUAGGCAAUGAACACGAAGCAAUGGUUAAAGAUAAUGCGGAUGGGACAUAUGCAGCGACUUAUAUUGUUGGGAAAAGGGGCAAUUAUAUGGUACAUGUUGAGUGUAAUGGUCGACCAAUUAUGGGCAGCCCUUUCCCAGUUUUCUUCAGUUCAGGCAGCCUUGCAAAUGGUAGUUCGUUUAAUGUGUCUGGAAACACAUUGAAUUCUUCUUAUCCGAUUCAAAGCAUGCCUAAUUAUCCAGGGACAACCUCAGGAUCAUUCUCAGGCAUGCUUGGGAUGAUUUCUGGUAUUCUUCCAGGUGCGUCUGGUGGAGCUGUCCUGCCUGGCUUGGGAGCAUCAUUUGGGGAAGUUUGUCGAGAUUAUCUUAAUGGGCAGUGUGGGAGAAAUGAUUGCAAAUUUAAUCACCCCCCCUACAAUCAAUUGAUUGCUGCUUUGGCUGCAGGAAGCACCAUGGGAGGCCUAAGCCAGAUGCCUAUGGCACCUUCUGCAGCUGCCAUGGCAGCUGCACAGACUAUUGUUGCUGCACAAGCACUUCAAGCUCAUGCUGCCCAAGCUCAAGCUCAGGCUCAGUCUGCAAUGGAAUUGGCUGGUGGCAAUCCUGCACAAAAAGACCAAGAUUACAGUGACGUUAUUUCAAGAACUGUUGAAGUCAGCAAUCUUGGUCAACUUCUAACAUCAGAACAAGUACAGGAACUCUUCGGUUGCUGUGGAACUGUUACUAACUGUGAUAUAGACGAUUCAAAACAAUUGGCAUAUAUAGAAUACUCCAAACCAGAUGAAGCCAGAGCUGCUUUAGCACUAAACAACCUGGAAGUUAGUAACAGGUCGUUGGGUGUUGAAAUGGCCAAAUCUCUUCCUUUGAAGAAGCUGACUGCAAAUUCUUCUCAGCAUCUACCUUUGCCUCUGAUGAUGCAACAAGCAGUUGCAAUGCAGCAGUUGCAGUUUCAGCAGGCAUUGGUUAUGCAGCAGUCAAUGGCUUCCCAGCAGGCUGCCAGCCGGGCUGCAUCAAUGAAGUCUGCUACUGAGAUGGCUUCUGCAAGGGCUGCUGAAAUUAGUAAGUGUUUGAAAAUAGAUGGAGAUGGCAAUGAUGAUAAGACCCCAAAUCAAAAAUCAAGUUCUCCAUCUAAAACACAUGCAAAAUCUCCGUCUAGAUCAAGAUCACCAAUAAGGUAUCAGCGGGAUCGGCAUUCUAGAUCUCGCUCUCCUAUGAUUCGUUAUCAGCGAGACCGUCAUUCCAGAUCACCAUUAAGACCUCGCCAUCGUAACAGAAGUCGUAGUGUGGAUCAGACCUGUCAUUACAGAGAUGGUAGAGAUAAUUACCAAAAGUAUCAUGGCAGACGGGACAGGGGAAGACCACGAGAUCGGUACACUCGAAAUGUGUGGAGGAGGAGUAGGAGCCAAAGUAGGACCAGGAAAUCACCUCAGGCUCAGUCCAACCCACCUAGGCAUUAUAAGGAAAAGAGGGGAUCUCCUAAAUUGCCUAAAGAAGAGCAUAAAUCUGCUUAUCGCUCUAGGAGAUCAAGAUCCAUGUCCAAGGAGCCAAAGCGAGAUUUUAAGGAUAAUGAAGACAUUUCAAAGCAUCAUGGGGCAUAUUCAGGAAAACCAGAAAAUAAGGUUGAGAAGUCCUUGGCAAAGCUUGCUGAUAGUGAUGUACACCAGGAUUCAGAAGUCAAGAAAGAUAAGUCAAGUAAGGACCUCACCAAACAAGAUAGUAGGAGGAAAAAUCUAACAAAAGCCGAUGAAGGAAUGAGCAAAGACAAUGACAAACACAUGGAUGGGAGGAAGAAGUCCAGAUUGGCAGUUAAUGACAACUAUACUAACAAUAUGAGAGUGUGCACAAGAUCCAAUGACAUACUGAAGGGUAGGAAGUCAGUUUAUGACAGUGAAGGGGACACUAAAGAGAAGAAACAGCACACAAAGGAAAGAAUAAUGGAUGAUGAUGAUGACUUUACUAAAUGGAAAUUGCAUAGAAAGGAAAAGAGGACAUUUAUUGCAGACUAUGAACUGGAAGAAAGCAAAUUACAAAAGAGGGAAAAGAAGGCACUGGAUGAUAACUAUGAGUCAAAAGAAAAGAAGCAUCGGAGAAAGGGAAAUGAAUUAGGAUCUGAGUUAUUUGAUGCAUCAAAACAAUAUAAAAAUCACGGUUUGAAAGAGGAAGAUGAAAACAUUGAUAAAAGGAUGAAAAAAAAUAAACACAGGCAAAGAUCCCCUUCUGAUUCAUCGAAAGAUUCUCUAUUGGAGUAUGUUGACAGAGACACUAGCUCAUGGAAAAAAAUCUCCUGUAGAGAAGACCGAAGACUUUUUAUGUCUGUUUCUCCCAGCCAUUUGAGGACUGAUAAGGAAGGCUAGCUAGAAUUCCGACCUUUUUGGGUAUCUGCAAACUCGGUGUAGAACUGGAUUUACUGAUGUGCAUACUGCAGAAGCUCCUUGAUAGGGUGAUUCAUUUGCAUGAAAGCAUCCUAGGGAUUGGGUUUGAUUGGGGCUGAGGUUUCCUAUUUCGCAAUUUUUUGGACAAAUACAAAAGGCCGUAAAGCAUUCUUGCCUGCUACCUCCCAUAAAUAUAUUAUAUUAUUAUUAUUAUCGGCCAACUGGUAUUUUUGCUCAAGUGAUUAAUUUGUUUGCUUCCUUUCAAGAAUUUAUGAUUUUCUUCCCAGUGCCGAUUUCUAGCUUUAAGGUUUCUGCUCUUGAUAAAAUAUACUGUUAUUUUUCAAAAAUUAGUUGCUCUUUUUGUUUGAAGUGGCAGGGAUAGAACAGUUAAGAAUAACUGCAGAAUGUCCAUGUUUGUAUCUGACCUUGAUUGCCAUUGACAGAUUAUAACUUUAUGAAGAAGGUUUCAAGUAAGAAGAUGUGGAUGUAAAGUUUCUGUAUGUUUUCCCAGUCUCAGAUCCACAGGGAUGGAAAGGAAGUGUACAUAUCUGGAACUGUUAGCAUUUAAAGCGUAAUUGUUGUAAUACUAUUUUUAGCAAAUCAGUCAUGUUGUGUUAAAAUAUAAUAGAUGUUAUGGGAAAAUGGUUCCCUUACUCUGCCUGUGCAGGUGGUUUUGAAACAGUAGGGACUGGAGCAAGGAAAAUCCAAAAGCUAAUAUUGUUCGAAUGAAAUGGCCUCUUUCAAAUUUUAUAUGAAUUUUGACGAAUCCAUUAUAGAAAAGCAAUAUUUUGUCUCCUAGGCAAAUACAUUUUUACAGUGGAAAUUAAAGUUUAGAGUGAAUGACGAAGAUAUUUUAUGUACAAUUUUUUUGAAGACUAAAUUUAUAUGUUAGUUUGGCA